UAGGCGACUCUGAACCAGCGCGAUGGCGACUCCCGUCAACGGAGCCCCCGUGGAUGCCAACUUGUGGUCCUCGCAUGAGAAGAUGCUGGCGCAGCCCCUGAAAGAUAGCGACGUGGAGGUUUACAACAUCAUUAAGAAGGAGAGUAACCGGCAGAGGGUCGGCCUGGAGCUGAUCGCCUCCGAGAACUUUGCCAGCCGGGCUGUUCUGGAGGCCCUGGGUUCUUGCCUAACCAACAAGUACUCCGAGGGGUACCCGGGCCAAAGGUACUACGGCGGGACGGAAUUCAUCGAUGAGCUGGAGGUCCUCUGUCAGAAGCGAGCGCUGCAGGUCUAUGGCCUGGACCCCCAGGGCUGGGGAGUCAAUGUCCAACCCUACUCAGGCUCCCCCGCAAACUUCGCGGUGUACACAGCCCUGGUGGAGCCCCACGGCCGCAUCAUGGGCCUGGACCUGCCCGACGGGGGCCACCUGACCCACGGGUUCAUGACCAACAAGAAGAAGAUCUCCGCUACGUCCAUCUUUUUCGAAUCUAUGCCCUACAAGGUGAACCCCGACACCGGCUACAUCAACUACGACCAGCUGGAGGAGAAUGCCCGCCUCUUCCACCCGAAGCUCAUCAUCGCAGGGACCAGCUGCUACUCCCGGAACCUGGACUACGCCCGGCUGCGUGAGAUCGCUGACGACAACGGGGCGUAUCUCAUGGCCGACAUGGCACACAUCAGUGGGCUGGUGGCGGCCGGCGUGGUGCCCUCCCCCUUCGAGCACUGCCACGUGGUGUCCACCACCACCCACAAGACCCUGCGGGGCUGCCGCGCCGGCAUGAUCUUCUACAGGAAGGGAGUGCGCAGCGUGGACCCGAAGACGGGCAGAGAGACUCGCUACAACCUGGAGUCACUCAUCAACUCUGCCGUGUUCCCAGGCCUGCAAGGGGGCCCCCACAACCACGCCAUUGCUGGGGUGGCGGUGGCUCUGAAGCAGGCCAUGACUCCGGAGUUCAGACUCUACCAGCGCCAGGUGCUGGCCAACUGCAGGGCUCUGGCCGAGACUUUGAUGGGGCUGGGCUACAAAGUGGCCACAGGUGGUUCUGACAACCACUUGAUCCUCGUGGACCUCCGCUCUAAAGGCACAGACGGCGGCCGGGCUGAGAAGGUGCUGGAAGCCUGUUCCAUCGCCUGCAACAAGAACACCUGCCCAGGUGACAAAAGCGCCCUGCGGCCCAGCGGACUGCGCUUGGGGACCCCGGCGCUGACAUCCCGAGGACUCUUGGAAGAAGAUUUCCAAAAAGUUGCCCAUUUUAUUCACAGAGGGAUAGAGCUGACCCUGCAGAUCCAGGACACCGUGGGGGUGAAGGCUACCCUGAAGGAGUUCACGGAGAAGCUGGCAGGGGCCGAGGAUCACCAGCGGGCUGUGGCGGCACUCAGGGCGGAGGUGGAGAGCUUCGCCGCCCUCUUCCCUCUGCCCGGCCUGCCCGACUUCUAGAGGAGUGCCCGCCCGCCCAGGGACCCAGCGCCCUGGAGGCCCCACACAGGUCCCGUUUCGGACUUUGCUUUUUUUACCUUGUUCACAAACCAACAUUUGUUUAAGGCUCAGUGUUAGUCAUCCUGGGACAAGUUAUUAAGGAGUUUAAAUCUGAACCUCACUUUCUCACAGCUACGCAUAGUUGUUCUGGAAAAAUGAAAUACAAUUUAGCCAUUCAGCCUUAAUUAUCCAGACGGGUGGAGGGCAGAGUUACUGGGAAGACUCCACUCUUAAGAGUCCCUGGGCUUCCCUGACUUGCUGCGGCAGCCAGAAGCACCGAAGUUCGAGCUUGGAAGAGCUGCCCGUUGCUAUCUGCUCCCCCGUGGGCACCAAAAGAGGACUCAGUUAUAACCGUCGCAAACGAGGAGGGAGCGUCCUGGCCCUUCUGCUGUGCUUUCAAUCAGAAUCACAAGUUAGACGGGUCUAUUCAGGUGCCACCCAGCUCCGUGGGAGUGCCGCUUACAGCACCUGGGCAGGAGGGGGAUGUGAUCCCCUUCCCCCAGCCCAGGGCAGGCAGGCCAGGAAACCUGGUCCCAAGCCGCUGAGUAGACAACCACCUCCCUCCCGUGAUCGGGAAACCAGAGGUCACCUUCCCACAGAAACUUUAUUUUUCACAAAUCUCAAGUGCAAAACAUAGGUGACCAUUUAUAAUAAGCACAAAUUUUUAACCACAGAAUGUCUACAAGAAUUAUAGCUUUAAAAAAUACAACCAAUUUUUAUAUCUCAAAAAUAACUCAAAUAAAUUAAUUUCUUAAAAAGUA